AUGGAAACCACAAAAUUGCAAAUGGACAUGCACAAGUCCAACUCCUGGCUCUACUAUAAGCUCGGUAUCCACACCCUAGGCCUUGUCCUUCGAUCUGGCGUCACAAUCACCAGCCCCGACCCCAAAGAAGACAUAAAACUCCAAUCCACAUCAGAUGUACACUAUGGAGGGUCCAUAAAAGUCAUCGUGGCCGGACUUCCCCGCACAGGCACAAUGAGCAUGAAGCACGCCCUCGAAGAACUAGGCUACGGCCCAUGCUUCCACCUCGCCGAGCCUCUCUGCCAAUUUGACAAUCUCCGUCAAAGUGCCGCCAUAGUCCACACAAAAGACACGGCCCUCCGACGGCGCAAGCUAGCCAAACUCUUCCAAGACUGCGAGGUCACCCUCGAGGUCCCCGGUAGCGCAUGCCUACCCGAUCUCCUGGAAAUGUACCCCGAAGCAAAAGUCAUCCUGACAGAACGCACCUCUGCAGCCGUCUGGCUACGCUCAUGGCGCGGCUUUGGCAUCGAUCUGAGGUCCGAUUGCUUCCGCUGGCUUGGGUACUGGGUUCCUGGUAUGGUGGCGGCGAACGAUCUCUACCGCGGGUGGAUGCAGCUUUUGGCUGAGCGGCUUGGGGUGGAGGCGGAGCCGUCUGAGGAGUUGUAUCAUAUGUACAAUGCGUGGGUGAAGAGCACUGUGCCGAGGGAGAGGUUGUUGGUCUUUAAGUGUCAGGAUGGGUGGGGCCCGCUUUGUGAGUUUUUGGGGAGACAGAGACCCAAUCUCUUUCCCCAUGGUAAUGAGGCUGGUUAUCUGCGGUAUUAUAAGCGGGUGGCGAUUGUUUUGGGGGUUUUCUUGUGGUUGGUUGUUCUUGCUAUGGCUUUUCUGUCGUUGUUGUUGCUCUCCGCUUGA